AUUUGAGAAAAGGUUUUGGUAUUUUAAAAAAGAAAUUAAUUUAAUUUUUUCUCGGCAAGAUAAGUGUUUAAAAAUCUAAAUUUGCUAAUAAUUGGCUAAUCGAGCAUCUAAAGUUUCGGGCAUUAGUGCUUUCUAACGACAAUUGCGACUAAAUAGUGUGUAAAAACAUGAUAAAUAAUAUUAAAGAUCUAAAUUAAUUAAGAAGAGUAAAAAAAGAAAAAUUAUUACAAAAGAGAAGUUAAUAUUAUGAGGUCACAAAUAAGUAAUCCAACAAUUAUAGCACCAGCAUCAGUUAAUUCUCCGAAUCCACCAGUGAGAAGACGUCGUGCUCAAAGUGUUCAAGCAGGCAUUUCAAGAGUAUCGGAAGAACAAAGACGUGUUUCAUUAUUCGAGUCUAAUAAUGACGGAGAAUCUAGUCAAAUAAGAAUUCGAGUAAUUGCGGGUAAAUCUCUCGCGAAGAAAGAUAUAUUCGGAGCGAGUGAUCCCUACGUACGAAUGGACUUAAAUACAAUUAAUGGAGACGUCAAUAUUGAUUCGGUACUUACAAAAACGAAAAAGAAGACAUUAAAUCCAGAAUGGAACGAAGAAUUCAUCUUUCGAGUGAAACCAAAUGAACAUAAGCUCGUAUUUCAAGUAUUUGACGAGAAUCGCUUUACACGCGAUGACUUUCUUGGUAUGGUUGAGCUUACGCUUAUAAAUAUACCAAAGGAACAGGAUGGUAGAACGAUAGCGCCAAAGGUUUAUCAACUUCGACCACGAAGGUCAGUUAGUGCUCGAUCAAAAGUUCGUGGAACACUCGAAAUUUAUCAUGCAUUCAUACGCGAUUUAGACUCAUCACGUGGUGAUAAUGAUUGGGAGAUUGUGGACAAUGGUUCUGUAAAUGUACCUAUUAUGAAUCCAUCCACGCCGGUUCCUGCUGAUCCAUUGCCAAAUGGCUGGGAGGAGCGACAAGACGCAAAUGGACGAACAUACUAUGUCGAUCAUGUACGUCGAUUAACGCAAUGGGAAAGACCUACCUUGGUCCCACAAUCAUCUGCUGAUAGUGACAUUGCAACAGCUUUUCAAAGACGAUUUCAUAUUAGUGUGGAUGAAUCAGAGCAAAAUAACCAAGAUGAAGUUAGUGUUCAUUCGGACGAUUCCAACACUGACAAUCAAUCGAUAAAUUCAUCAGUGAAUGAUCAAUCAAUUUCAAGUCAGACUGCAGAUGGUAGAAUUCGUCCAUCACGUCCAGCUCCAGCUAUUCCCACGAGCUUGAAUCGUAAUACUUUGCGUAGAUCCGCACCUCAACCACCUGUAAGAAGUCAAAACUCAACGGAAGUAGUAACACAGCAACAACAGCCACCACUACCACAAGCACAACCUAGAAGAAGUGCACCAGCGCUUCAAAGGCAACCGUCUGUUGAAGAUAACACAGCUUAUAGUGCUGAUGAUGUCGAUAAUUCUGAAACUUCGUCUGUGUCAUCAACGCAACGUUCGGCGGCAGGAAGUUCUUCACAAUCUCGACAAAGUUCCUUAGAUAGUCCAGCAAAUAGACAAAAUAGUAAUAAUAAUAAUAACAAUAAUAAUAAUGGUAGUGCUGCUCAAGUAUCAGAUGCUGGAUUACCGCCAGGCUGGUCAAUGCAAGUAGCACCAAAUGGACGAGUUUUCUUUAUUGAUCAUCAACGAAAGACCACUAGUUGGGUAGAUCCACGUACAGGCAGUGCAAGUCCAAUGCCGAAUGCAGUUCAAAAUACGAUUGACGAGAGACAAGAAGACAAUUUAGGACCACUUCCUGAAGGAUGGGAAGAGAGGGUACACAUUGACGGUAGAAUAUUCUUUAUUGAUCAUAAUACAAGGACGACGCAGUGGGAAGAUCCUAGACUAUCAAAUCCAAAUAUUGCUGGACAAGCUGUACCAUAUUCUCGUGAUUAUAAGCAAAAGUAUGAAUACUUUAAAAGUCAACUUAGAAAACCGACAAACGUACCUAAUAAAAUCGAAAUUAAAGUUCGUCGUGAAUCAAUUUUAGAGGAUUCGUUUAGAAUUAUUAGCUCGGUAACCAAAACUGACUUACUGAAAACUAAAUUAUGGAUAGAAUUUGAAGGAGAAGCAGGUCUUGACUAUGGCGGUCUAGCGAGAGAAUGGUUCUUCUUACUGUCCAAACAAAUGUUUAAUCCAUACUAUGGACUGUUUGAAUACAGUGCGAUGGACAAUUACACGCUGCAAAUUAAUCCAUUUAGUGGAUUGUGUAAUGAAGAACAUUUAAACUAUUUCAAAUUUAUCGGACGUGUGGCAGGAAUGGCUGUUUAUCACGGAAAAUUACUCGAUGCCUUCUUUAUUCGUCCAUUUUACAAAAUGAUGCUUGAAAAGCCAAUUGAACUGAGAGACAUGGAAGCUGUUGAUAUGGAAUACUAUAACUCAUUACUGUGGAUAAAGGAAAAUGAUCCGAGCGAACUGAUGCUCACGUUCUGUGUUGACGAAGAGACAUUCGGAUAUACUAGUCAGAGGGAAUUAAAACAGAAUGGCAGUCAAAUAGAAGUGACGAAUGAUAACAAGGAUGAAUAUAUUCGUUUAGUUAUUCAAUGGAGAUUUGAAUCGAGAGUUAAGGAUCAAAUGAAAUCAUUUUUGGAAGGUUUUGGAUCAAUUGUGCCACUCAAUAAUAUUAAAAUAUUUGACGAGAAUGAAUUGGAACUGCUCAUGUGUGGCAUUCAAAAUAUUGAUGUUAAAGAUUGGAAGAGAAAUACGCUAUAUAAGGGAGAUUAUUAUGCAAAUCAUGUUAUUAUUCAGUGGUUCUGGCGGGCUGUGUUGAGCUUCUCGAACGAAAUGAGGGCGCGAUUGUUACAAUUUGUCACAGGAACAUCUCGAGUGCCGAUGAAUGGAUUCAAAGAGCUCUAUGGAAGCAAUGGACCACAAAUGUUUACAAUCGAGAAGUGGGGAACGCCUGACAAUUAUCCACGUGCUCAUACUUGCUUUAACAGGCUCGAUCUCCCACCAUACGAAAGCUACUUACAAUUAAAGGAGAAACUUAUUAAAGCAAUUGAAGGAUCACAAGGAUUCGCCGGAGUUGAUUAGCCACACAAUUCUGAAAGAUAUGAUGAAAAUAUAUUUUCAAUUUUAAUCUAUCAAGCCAUCAACAAUAACUAUUCUAUUGCGGAUGUUGACCAUAAUCAAAUAAAAAAAAAAAAUAAGAACAACAAUUAUAAAGAGCAACAUCAAACUUUUUUAAUAUAUUAAAAAUUACAACAUUAUAAUAUGUACAUUCCAAUGAUUUAACGAAGCGUGCA